CCCUCUAAAACAGUGGCUAAAGCUUGAAGCUAAGAAUCUGAUCUUUGUUCGUGUUUAAACGACGACGCUUUUUGAAUUAUGGCGGAAUCGUCUUCUUCCUCGUCUUCACCAACUGAAGAGAUUGUUCGAUUAAUCAAACGAAUAAGCGGUUACGUUGCUUUCAAGAUGUCUACCCUCUUCUCCACACCUAUUCGCAAUCUGGAUUCACGGUCUAUUGGUGCUAUUGCGGGGCUUGCAAUCGCUGUGAUAUUCACGUGGAGGGCGAUUAGAAGACAACCAGGGGAGCAAGCUCAAAGAAGGCGACCUAAACGCACGUUGCAAUCAGCUGAAUCCUCUACUUCUGCUUCUGCUGCUGCUGAUUUCACCCCUCAUGAGGAGGAUAGUGGAGUGGGAGAUGUUGUUGAUCACUUUUUUCAGUCUGGAAAACCUACAUUGGGGCAGAUAGUUAGGCAGAGACUUAGUGAAGGAAGGAAGGUAACAUGCCGUCUUCUUGGAGUCAUUCUGGAGGAAACAAGUCCAGAAGAACUCCAAAAACAAGCAACAGUGAGGUCAUCCGUUAUUGAAGUUCUCCUGGAGAUUACAAAGUGUUGUGAUUUGUAUCUCAUGGAAAGAGUUCUUGACGACGAAAGCGAAGCCAAAGUUCUUCAGGCUCUAGAGACUGCAGGAGUUUUCACAUCUGGGGGUUUGGUCAAAGAUAAGGUCCUGUUUUGUAGUACAGAGAUUGGAAGAAGUUCAUUUGUAAGGCAACUAGAACCUGACUGGCAUAUUGAUACAAAUCCAGAAAUCAGCACACAACUAGCUAGGUUUAUAAAGUUUCAGCUUCACGUCUCUGCAGCGAAACCAGAGCGAACGGCUCCCAAUGUGUUCUCCUCACAGUCAAUAGAACAGUUCUUUGGAUGUGCUUGAUAUGCAACAAACUUAAAGAUUACUGGGAACGGCUUUCUUCUCUCUGCAGAGCUGCAUGAUCCAUUCUUGUUGCCCGAAUGCAAAAG